AUGCGGCAGCCCAAACGAUGGGGUUCACCCAUCUCCUUCCUGCGACGGGCCGGCUUGCAACGUCGCCGUCACUCGGCUCAUGACGCCACGCGCUACGAGCUCGUGAUGCGCAGUUCUGGGAGGUGCAAUCGGCGUCUACAGCUUCCCGGUGGAAGUUGCAUGAAUGUGGGCUCGGAGGUAACUGGUAUGGAUUCAAACGUCGGCCUCAAAAGCCGAAGAGGUGAAAGGUUUCCAAGUCUACGAUUGGCAAAUGGCCGCGUCGUCCACCGGACACCUUCGGAGGAAGAUAUCCGUUCUCCUCGCGGCGGUCUCCAGAAGGAGGACUCGAUCAAAAUGAGUGUGGAGAACACGAACACGUGCACGGACUCCCUCAUAACUGCAGCUGAUGAAGAAGCUUUAGUUAAUGACUACAUUACUUCAGACAUGAACUAUAAAGAUGGCUGUCCUAUCCCUGCUGUUGUUUCACGAGAAGGGACCGGAGAAAAGGACGACAUUAGUCUUUAUGGGACCCCCAAAGAAGAGGUGGGGCCAGCGCUGAGUGAUGUCAAGUCAUCUUUCAUGCGGGUCCAACUCGAGUCUUUAUUCCAACCGUCUGACAACAAGUUAGCUAUGAAACUGUUUGGCAGCAAGAAGGCUCUAAUGAAAGAACGGAUACGCCAAAAAGCUGCGGGACACUGGGUUAUCCAUCCCUGCUCCCAGUUUAGGUUCUAUUGGGACUUAUGCAUGCUGUUUUUCCUGGUGGCAAACCUCAUCGUUCUACCAGUAGCUAUUUCAUUCUUCAAUGAUGACCUAUCAGCUCGCUGGAUUGCUUUCAACUGUCUUUCUGACACCAUUUUCCUUUUAGAUAUUGUUGUGAAUUUUAGAACAGGAAUAAUGAAUCGUGACAAUUCAGAGCAAGUGAUUCUUGAUCCUAAGCUUAUUGCUAAAUACUACAUCCGAACUUGGUUUUUUCUGGACCUAAUUAGUUCCAUUCCCUUGGAUUAUAUUUUCCUCAUCUUUAACCAGGACUACAGUGAUAAUUUUCAACUCUUACACGCUGGCCGGGCCUUGAGAAUUAUACGAUUAGCCAAGAUGUUGAGUUUGCUAAGACUUUUACGUCUCUCAAGGCUGGUUCGAUACGUCAGUCAAUGGGAGGAAGUUUAUAGACAUGCAAAUACAGGAACAAUAGAACGUAAACUGAUUGUUAAUUUGGAAGCUAAAUUCUGGAACGUGUAUUGGCUUGAGCAGUAUUCCUGGGCUUUAUUUAAAGCAAUGUCCCACAUGCUUUGUAUUGGUUACGGGCGGUUUCCUCCACAGAAUCUAACCGAUAUGUGGCUAACCCUACUAAGUAUGAUCAGUGGCGCCACCUGCUAUGCGUUAUUUCUUGGCCACACCACAAAUCUUAUCCAAACUUUAGAUUCCUCUAGACGUCAAUAUAGAGAAAAGGUGAAACAAGUGGAAGAAUACAUGGCCUACCGUAAAUUGCCCCGGGACUUACGACAACGGAUCACGGACUACUUUGAGCAUCGCUAUCAAGGGAAAUACUAUGACGAAGAGGCCAUUCUUGGAGAGCUGUCUGAACGACUACGCGAGGAUGUCAUCAAUUACAACUGCCGAGAACUGGUCGCAUCAGUUCCGUUUUUUUCAAACGCUGACCAGAACUUUGUUAAUGAUGUGGUCACUAAACUACACUACGAAGUCUUCCAGCCAGGUGACACGAUUAUAAAAGAGGGGACUAUAGGGAACAAGAUGUACUUUAUACAAGAAGGAAUUGUCGACAUCGUAAUGUUAAAUGGAGAGAUAGCUACAAGUCUUUCUGACGGAUCGUAUUUUGGAGGUGAGUAA